AUGAGUGGUGAAAAAUGUUUUAAACAACAUGUUGAUAAUUAUACAUUUAUCCCUGUGCUUCCAUUUGAUUUUAUUGAAGUAGUUGAUGCACCAACACUUUUUAUUAUUGGUGUUCAUUCGGAUCAAAAACUACAAGCAUUAGCUAAUUUCGAUGGUUUAUGGAUUGUUUUAGAUGAUGCUAGUGUUCAUUUAACCGAAAAUGUUAAAUUCGCUCCAAUGCCUGAAAAAUCAUAUAAUCGAAUUUUAUCUUGA